CACAUUAGACGUUCUUGAUGCUGUCUGUGGUCGUGUCAAGCGGCGCGCGAUUUCCUUUGUAACCGAAUUAUGCGAGCCACGGUAACAAAGACACGCUUCCAGGGAUUGUGCUUCCGCUAUUGUCAGGAAGCAAGAACGGGAUACAAUGUUAAGCACGCCGAAGAUAAUUCCAGUCAAGUCUCCUCCAAACCACGGGUCCGACGCAGCCAAAGAAGCAGCAUCUAUACUGAAGGCGGGUGGAGUGAUCGCAGUGCCGACAGACACGAUCUAUGGUGUUGCGGCGCUGGCGCAACAUUCCGAAUCUGUUGCGCGGCUGUACCAUUUGAAAAGAAGAGACGCCGGAAAGCCUGUCGCAAUCUGCGUGCAUGACGUUGCUGACAUAUCGCAGUGGGCCGAAGUUUCUAUCCCUGAAAACCUACUGCGCCAGCUUUUUCCGGGACCAGUAACGGCGGUGUUCUGCCGGACGUCUCGCCUCAAUCCUGCCCUAAAUCCAUUCACAAACCUCGUCGGCGUCCGUGUUCCUGACAGCGAUUUCAUCAGGCAGACGACGAAGCUUUGUGGCGGACCGCUGGCACUCACAAGUGCCAACGUGAGCUCGGAGAUGAGCACGCUGACCAUACAGGAAUUCCAAAGCCUGUGGCCAUUUCUGGACGCAGUGUUCGACGGGGGCGACUUGUCAGUGUCCGGAUUUCACCGGGAAGGGUCCACAGUCAUCGACUUCUCUUUGCCGGGCUGCUUCAGAAUUCUGCGAGAGGGCUGUGUACCGCACCUGUGCCGAAGGUUGCUGCAGGAGUCGCACCUGAAGGAAGUGCAGCACGUGUAGUGUAUGCAUCCGGUCGUAGAUGUGCAAGUGUUCCUCAUCAACUGUACAUAGGACAUUUGUUAAUAAAGUUUGCUACGUUACCAUUUCAAUACA